AUGGUCGAAAGAGGCACAGUUAUCCUGCUGGAAGUGGUGAUCUUCAUCGCGCUCAUGGACGUACUGUUCGCCCUGUUCGUGACCCCACUGACCACCACCAACACCGACGAGCAGACCUACCCCUACUCGGCGGACAUCGGGCUGAUGGUGCUGUUCGGUUUCGGGCUGAUGGCGGCCUACUACGAGCGGUUCUCGCUGACCACCCUCUCGAUGCAGCUGGUGACGGUCUGCCAGUGCAUUAUCCUGUACAUCUUCCUGGAGAUCCUCUGGCGCAGCAGCUCGCUUGGCCGGCUGGGCUUCCUGGAGCUCUUCAACCACAACAUCAUCACGAUGAUCUUCUACACGCUGACCGAGGCCCUGAUCGUGGACGAAGCUUUGAUCUUCGACACGGGCAGGACCAUGAGUCUCUUCAGCUUUGCGGGCACGGUCAGCUUCCUGCUGUCCUUCGCCUUCAAGAAGGAUAAUGAACCAGUCCCACCCGCCCGCAUGCCCUCCACCCGCGGCUACGUGCUGGCCCUGGUCGGCACUGGCCUCUGCUGGGUGUUCUUCGGGUCGUUCAACUCGGCCAACGCGGUGGGCUACCAGCGCACCCUGGCCUACGCGAACACCUGGUUCAGCCUGGCCAUGAGCACGCUCACCGUGUUCACCCUGUCCUACGUGAUCCAGGGCAAGCUCGACCCCUACACAGUCAUCUUCAGCUCGCUGUCAGGCGGGAUCGCAAUCGGCUGCACUGCGGACCUCAUCAAGAGCCCCUCUGCGGCCCUGUUCAUCGGCAUCCUGGCGGGCCUCGUGGUCUUCAUGGCCAACUGGCUGAACGCCUUCUCACGGUGGUCCGAGGACAGCACCGGGCUCGGCAAUCUCAGCGUUGUCAGCGGGAUGGUCGGCUCGAUCAUGUCCUGCAUCAUCAUCACGUUCUACCGACACGACGGCGGCCGCCCCUCCGAGUUCGACAUCAGCUUCCCCCGCAGCUUCGGCGUGCAAGCCGGCUUCCAGUUCGUCGGACUAAUAAUCGCGAUGUGCCUGGGGCUGGCCUGCGCAGCGAUCAACUACAUGCUGCUGUUCCUAACCCGCUCCUCCUACGAAUAG